AUGGCCUUCCAAAACCUGCUUCUUCUUUUUGCUGUCUCAACCGCCGUACAUGCCGCUAACGACUGGAGCAAGCCCUGCUUUGAAGGGACUUGCGAGUAUGACCUUCCCGCCGCAGCUGGUUCAGCCUCCGGCACUGUUAAGAUUUUCGGUAGUGUAAACUCCAUUGCUGACAUUACGACUGCUGGUGGCUGGGAGAUCAUUGGGUGCGAUCCGAGCACUCUCACGCAAGACAUUCGUCUUGUGUGCAAGGAAGGCUCCGAGGCGGACUGCGAUCGCCUCUACGGGGACGCAGGAGCAUCAGGAAAGGUAGUCCGACUGCCCGAAAACUGCGGCUCAUCUCCCUUCUCACUUGUCACCGACGCCUGGGUCCCGGAGGAUCAAUCGAUUCCGUCCAACCUUCUUCCCCGCCUGAUGCGCCGUGAUGGUACCGUCCCUGAAGUGAAAGCUCUGUCUUUGACGUCCGAAUUCGACAAGGGCCCCUCUCGGAAGGGUGCUGCGUCCGUCGGUUUUGCCAUCCGCGCCGCCAACGUCCCUGGCGCCGAGGGAGAGCUCGAUGUGACCCCCCUUCAACGUCGCAGCAACGGCCGCUAUGAAGACCGUGGAUUCUUCGAUUUCGUGAAGAAAGCCAUUGAUGCCAUCAAGAAACUCAACACCUUCGAUGUCGAGAAGUCCGGAAACGUCCUGAAUGUUGGUGUCGACAAGAACUUCAACUUGAUUGACGAGAGCCUCGACUGCCCUCCUGUCGCUGCGAGCAUCAAGGUUGACGUUGGUGCCAGUGCGACCGCUGCUGUUGCUCUGGGCGUCGCUGUCAGUGGGACAAUCAUCCCACCUCUGAUCGACGAUUUUGCCAUCAUCUCCACCUUGAAUGCUGACCUCCAAGGAAAUCUCACUGUCAAUGCUGGUGUCACCGGUACCCUUGAUUCUGGAAAGAUCUUGCUCUUCGAGGCUGCUAUUCCCGGCCUCAACUUCCCUGGUAUCCUGACCAUUGGCCCAUCCUUCCAGCUCAAUGCGCAGGCCAAGGCAUCGCUCGACCUCAACCUUGGAAUGACCGUCGGAAUUAGCUACAAGAUCGACAAGGCUGAGCUCGUCUUCCCUCCCAACAGCGAGCGCGCUUCCAACGGAACCUUCACCGUCCGCGACACUCCCCUCAAGCUCUCAGCUAGCCCCAAUAUCGCUGCCACAGGCACCCUCGAGGCCCACCUUAUUCCUGGCAUCAACCUUGGUAUCUCUGCUCUUGGCGGUGUCGUCGGAGCUGGCGUCUUCCUCGACAUUGACGGCCAGGCAUUUAUGAAGCUCAGUCUGGAGGCCUCCGCCAACGGUGAAGUCGUCGUGAAGCCUGCGAAGCAAAAGCAAGAGAAGGUCAUGAUGCGCGGCAUCACCUCGCCCGGACACCACUACUGGAACCGUGCUGCCGCUCUCGACUCGAGCGAUAUUGCUGUUCGCUCACCCGAGCCUGCCCCUGCCCCUGAGGCUGCAGAGCUUGCUGCUAGACAGACGAACAUCAGCACCUCGGCGAGCGCUUCGUUUGGUGGAUGCUUCGAGAUUGGCGCUGGGCUUGAUGUCAACGUCGGUGCCAACGCUGACUUCUUCGGUCUGUUCAACCCCGAGACUUCGAUUUCGCUCUUCAGCCAAAGGUUCGAGCUGUUCAAGCGCUGCUUCGGCGAUUCCGUCUCUACCAAGCGCGAAGUUCCUUCACUUCCCUACCACCGCAGGUCGUUCUCUCGCUUCGGCGCCCGUGCUCCUCGCUCAGUUACACCCGUACCUGUCUUCAAGCGAGGAGUCCUCGACCUACUCUGCCCUGCCAACCUUCCCGCUGCUGUCUCGGUGACAGAAGAUACUAUCACUGCCGCCGAGAUCAAGAAAGUCUGA